AUGGACGUAUUGAAGACAUAUAUCCCGACCACAGCCAGAUUGAGCCCGUUUUACGACAUUUUCCUAGGACUGGCAAGAACGGGCUGUUACACCAUCGGCGUUGUUCUGCUGAUGUGGCUGUCCUGCCAGAGGAACGAGGUCAACGCGAAGUUCGAAAAUGAGUUUAAACCAGUGAUCGCACAAGCAAGAGUGGAGUUGAGACUAUUAUACCACAUGUUCAAUAACGAGGUUUCGAAAGCGCCAACCGAAAAGUUCGACACCAUAAAAGAAGCCUUUGCUCUUCAAAAUGACAUCUUGAGAACUUUAAUUCGUUAUAUCAGGGAGAAGAUUAAUACCUUAAUAGAAGAAAAUGCUGACAUGGACGAUUUGGAUGAAGUGAUCAGAAUAUCGACUGGAAUUAUCAAAGACUUGAGACUUCUGAAAAAUAGUAAAGUCGUCAAAUUAGAAGAAAUCCUGGUCAGAGAUAUCCUGAGCAAUUUCCUUUAUAUGAGCAACCUUCCAUACUUUAGCAGUGCAUUUGAAGAUGUAGAAGGAGGGGCUGCAUUAUCAGAAGGCCUUGCGCAAACAUUGGAAAGACUAUUAGUUAUCGCCUCUGAAUCACUGAUGCUUGACUUACGAAGGGUCCAGAUCGCAUCGGGGAAUUCUACAGCUGUUAAAAGAUGGGGAGGGGUAGCUUCCCUCCUUACAAUAUAUCUUAAGGUAAAAACAGAUAGUUACGGAAGUGAAAGAACAGAUCAGAUUAGAUUGACACUCGAGACAUUGGGUGAUCAUGCAUUGAAGGCAAAGAAAGCAAUUCUCAAACUGCAAAGUAAAAAGAGUGAAACAAGUUUACAGGGCAAACGAUCCCUUAAGAAGUCCAUUAAGAAACUGAGUAGUUUUCUCAAGAAAAACAAAGUAGCAGUCACAGUGCCACCGCUGAUCGACAUUACAGGGUUUAUCGAUUCAGUACAAGGUGGUUUUGGUGGUGCUGGUAUAGGCGGGAUAGUUGCGGGUAAUAAAGUAACCCCACCACCAAUAUUAAUUGAAACAAUACCUCCGACUCCACCUGUCCAUGCAAGGAUUGAAGAAGGUCAUAUUGUUGCAGAUCCUACAGAAUCAUUGCCAACUUUGAAUGAAUUCUACAACUUCAAAUCCGUAAUAGUCAGCAAAGUUUUAAACAUCACGGAUACGUGUAGCGUCACAUUAGAGUCUGACGGUUGUAUAAUUUCUGCCAAACCUACUCCCGACAACUGCCUCACCGUUAAAGUAAUGAUUCAACAAGUAUUGAAUACCAUCAGUGGUAUUGCAGAAUCUCUUCAGAUUGGUUCUUUUGGUGAUGACAUUCCCCUAGACAUGUCGGAUUUAGUGGUCAAAUAUUUUGACGUCAAUGUCUGUGACGAAACCAUGUUACUCUCCAUAUCUUUAUUUGCCGAUCGAGAAAUGACACUUAUCCCCUCUAUUUUGAGUAUUACUGAUAUUGAAAUCGAGCUCGCCAUUUUCAUCCCAACACACGCUCUAACGGUUUCGUUUAGUGCUGUUUGGGAUUUGGGUGGUGUUUCAUUUUUGGCUCAGGUGGACUUCGAUGGCGGAGAAUAUGAAAUUACUGCAAGUCCUCUUGUUUCUGAGGUAUCCCUUGCAACAUUAUUAGGAAGUAUCGCAUCGGCAGUUGUACCCGGAGGUUCAACAAGUGCAUCGUCUCUUUUCAAUACCCUUAACUUUAAUGAUGUUAUAAUAAGUGAUAUGAACCUUGUCUCAAAAUUCAAGGAUGUCGGUAUGGGUUCUCAAUUCUCUUUCUCAGCCACUGUACCAACGCUGGGUAGAGCAAACUUCAUGCUUAAUAUCAACAGAUUGAGGAACGGGAAUACCAUCGAUAAUGGCUUUUCACUGGCUGCCCAUUUGACCGACCUGAAACUCUCAACAAUAAUUCAACAUAUUGCAAAUUAUGAUAUUUCGAGCGUUCCUUUGAUUGGUAGUCUAGAAUUUCCAGAGGUAGCAGUUAUAGGGGCUUCUAAAGAUAUCCCCUUCCUUAUAGUUGAUUUUAACAUUGAGUCUGAAAUCCUGUCGUUAUCACCAUCAGUGACUGAGGGUAUCAGUUUGUUGUUCAAUGCAAGAUUUGACGCUAAUUCAGUCCCGAUGAAUUUCAUGGUUACAUACACUCCCCCUAAGUCAAUUGGAUUUAAAAUUCUACCAGGACCUCAGCUAGACAUUGAGAGUAUUCUAAAUAAACUUCUUGAUUCAAUCAGUCUUGAACUUCCACCUGGUUUUCCUUUGGCAUCCUUUCUCAAUGAGGGCCUCUCAAAUAUAGACUACGAUGGUAAACUAAAUAAAUUGACUUUACCAGUACCGCUUGAAGAUGACAUCAUCAUAGUUGAGGAUGUAUUUGAAUUAAGAGAACCUCAGGUCGAGUUUGUAAUAGGUUUAGGCAAUCCCAAGACAUUAAGCUUUGAGGCAAGUGGUACUUGGUUGAUACGAGAUUACCCCAUGGAUUUGACCAUCGAAAAACCAUCAGGAUCCUCUGUCUUUUUAGCAUCUGCCUGUUCUGAAAGAGAACUUGAAGUAGGGAAGGUAUUGGCACAGUUAGCUUCGUCAUUUCUCCCCGAUUUUGUUGGAGAUAUGUUUGAAACCUUCUCAAUUGAUAAUCCAUGUAUUGAAGUUUUAAUGGGCAAUACAUUUGGGUCAAGAGUUUCUGGUAGUGCAGUAAUUGGUAACUUUGAUGCUUCUAAAGUGGAAAUAAUAGGCGGCAGAGUAAGCGGUGCUAUGGUAAUGGCCCUUGGGAUAGUACUUCAGAAGACAAAACUCAGCAGUGUCAUAGAUAAACUCACAAAGGGUGAAGUUGACAUAACUGCCAUGCCUGGUAACAAAAUAUUUGAUGAAAGCUCCAUAGGUCUAGUUAUGUCCACCCAACAAAUACCAACCAAAGGGAGGAGUGAAUUGAAGUUUAAACUUGAAAUGUUAAGUUCUACGACCACAUUGAAAGGAGUGUCGUUUGUUGUCAAUAUUAAACUACCAGCUUCUGCUGAUUGUUCUGGGGAUUUCCUCUGUCUAGUUUUCAACAAGUUGUUGCCUGGACUCUCAUUGAAUAUGAAGGGUCGUCUUGCAAUUAACGACCUUCUACUUGAGGUAACAAUUCCUAGAGAAAUAGAGUUUGUUCCAGGUUUCAAACUAUCAGAUUUAGGAUUUAGAGUCAUAGUGAAACCACCUAAGAUCGAGGUUGCCCUUAUAGCCAGCCUGGUAAUAGAUGACCCGGCGCUUCGUUUUACUGGUGCUAUAGGUUUUUCUACAACUGGGGGUGCCACAUUAGAGAUGGCAAUGAUAGGGUGUUGGGCUAAACCAUUUGCAAUUCCGGUAAUGACAAUUUGUGAUCUAUUCAUUAGGAUAGGCGUAGUGCCAGAGCCUACGGUCGUUUCAGAAUUACACCUAGGAGGACGAGCACAAAUAGGUCUGAUCGAUAAUGGCAAUGCAAAACUUUUUAAUGCAACCUUAUUUAUUGGACUUAACAAAAUUGUACCAUCAGAGAGUUAUUUCUUAGGACAGAUUUCAAAACUAACUAUUCCUGAGAUAUUAGCUGCAUUUGCCUAUUAUCCAAGUCUCCCAGCGGCUUUGGAUGAAAUUGGCUUCCCUGAUGGUCUCGACACAUCUUAUUCACAAUUUGGUAAGACUUUGCCAAAUGGUAUAGCAAUUCCAAGUGGGUUUAGGUUCAAUGGCACCAUACAAAUUAUUGGCUUUAGAGUGAGUAGUACAAUGAGAAUGGACCUUAAUGGUAUAUUCAUAUUUCUGACAGUAGAUAGGUUUAACAUUGGCAAUGAUCUCAUCAGUGUUGAUGGUGAUGGUAAAUCUGGCCCUGAGUUGUUAGUUGACGUAGGAUGGAACCCGAAGCCCCGAGCGAAGAUUGAUAUCCAGGGAAAGGUUUGCGUGCUUAAAAUAUGUAGAUCGGUGAAUAUAACGAUAGGUCAUCAAGGAAUGCAUUUUGAAAUUAGUGGGAAAUUCUUAGAACCUUUUGACGCACAACUCUCUCUUACUGCAACUUAUGCGACAUUAGCUUCUUCGGAGUUUAAAGUAUCGGGUUACUUUGAACAAGUCCUUUUGGAAACUCUGAAGACAAAGGUGACUGACGCUAUAGACAACCUCAAUGAUGCUGCAACAGCAGCAUUUGAUGCAGCUAACGGUGAACUUGAGUCAGCUAAAGAGACCUUAGAAAAUGCUGCAGAAGAUCUUCGGGAUAAAAAAGCAGUGGUUGACGGGAUUCGAGCCUCAAUUGAUGACAAAGCCGAAGAAAUUAAUGAUCAGAAACAGAAGGUGGCCGAUUUAGAGAAGGCAUGGGAAGAAAAGGUGCAAGAUGCCAGAGACAAGGUUGAGAAAUUGAAUGAUGCUAAGGAGGAGAUCACAAACAUAGAAAAUCAGAUCAAGAGUAUAGAAAACAGUUGUCCAAGUGGAUGUUCUACAAGUGGCAAGAAGCUGAGUACAUUCCAAACGCCAAAUGGCGAUAACUAUCGCCAUACACCGAUAGAUGUCAGUAGGAAAACGUCAAUUAAGUUCAAUGUGAUGGCGUGCAACGAUGCUCACGUUAUACUAUUAAAAAACCCUGGGGAAGCAAUCGCUGAUAAUUAUCAAAUCGUUAUCCAUGGUUGGGCAGGGAAUCCUAAGUCGGUUAUUCGAGAUGCAAACAACGAGGUUACUAGUUCCCAAGGUGCUCGGUUGAGCUGCUCCGAGAUGAGGCAGUUUUGGGUAAGCUGGGCGAACGGAAAUAUCCAAGUAGGAGAAGGACUUGAGAUUGGGGAGAACACGUUCCUAAGCUAUCGAGAUCCAACUCCGCAGUCUAUUAAUGCACUCAAUUUUGUGACCGGCUGGGGUGCGUCUGGCACAUGGGAGCUGAUUGAAGAUGUCGAUACAUACCAAACGCCAGAUGAUUCGAAUUAUCGACAUUCACCGAUAGAUGUCGAAGGGAAAACGUUCAUCAGGUUCAAUGUGAUGGCCUGCCAUGAUGCGCACUUACUUCUACAAAAGACACCUGGUGAUACAAGCAAUGAUCUUUAUCAAAUCGUUAUCCAUGGUUGGUCAUGGAAUCCUAAAUCGGUUAUAAGAGACAUUACUGGCACUGCUGUAGCUACUUCUACGGGUUCCGUUUUCAGUUGCAACGAGAUGAGGCCAUUCUGGGUGAGUUGGGCCAAUAGGAAAAUUCAAGUUAGACACGGACAGGCGGUUGGAGAGUCAAUUUUUCUCACUUGGCAAGAUCCAACUCCACACGCUGUUAAUGCUAUCAAUUUUAUAACCGGCUGGGGAGCGUCUGGGACAUGGGAACUUAUCGUGGAUAGUUUACCUCCGAAUCAAGGAACAUUCCAAACUCCAAAUGAUGAGAGCUAUCGUCAUCCACCGAUAAUUGUCAAUGGAAAUACAGUCAUAAAAUUCAAUGUCAAGGCCUGCAAUGAUGCUCAUUUACUUCUACAAAAGACACCCGGGGAUACAAACAAUGAACUUUAUCACAUCGUUAUCCAUGGUUGGGCAGGGAAUCCUAAAUCGGUAAUACGAGAUGGCAUGCAUGGCUCAGAGGUAGCUACCUCUGCAGGUUCUGUUUUGAGCUGCUCUGAGAUGAGGCAAUUCUGGGUAAGUUGGGAAAAUGGAUUCAUCAAAGUUGGAAAAGGACACAUAUAUGGCCAAAAUAUGUUUAUGUUUUGGCAAGAUCCAACUCCACACGCUGUCAAUGCUAUCAAUUUUAUGACCGGCUGGGGUGCGACUGGUUCAUUGGAACUUAUUGACAUCACUACUACUUCUCCUGGUGUUAUUGGAACAUUCCAAACUCCAAAUCAAAAGAGCUAUCGUCAUCCACCGAUAGAUGUCAAUGGAAAUACAGUUAUAAAAUUCAAUGUCAAGGCCUGCAAUGAUGCUCAUUUACUUUUACAAAAGACACCUGGGGAUACAAACAAUGAUCUUUAUCAAAUCGUUAUCCAUGGUUGGGCAGGGAAUCCUAAAUCGGCAAUACGAGAUGGCAUGGAUGGCUCAGAAGUAGCUUCCUAUGCAGGUUCUGUUUUGAGCUGCUCUGAGAUGAGGCAAUUCUGGGUAAGUUGGGAAAAUGGAUUCAUCAAAGUUGGAAAAGGACACAUAUAUGGCCAAAAUAUGCUUAUGUUUUGGCAAGAUCCAACUCCACACGCUGUAAAUGUUAUCAAUUUUAUGACCGGCUGGGGAGCGACUGGUUCAUGGGAACUCAUUGACAUCACUACUUCUACUCCUGAUGUUAUUGGAACAUUCCAAACCCCAAAUGAUGCGGAGUAUCGCCACCCGCCAAUAGAUGUCAGUGGAAAUGAUGUCGUCAGGUUUAAUGUGAAGGCCUGGGAUCCUAAGUCGGUUAUUCGAGAGGGUACCUCAGAGAAAGUUUCUUCAAAAGGUUCUGUUGUAAGCUGUUCUGAGAUGAGGCCAUUCUGGGUAAGUUGGGAAAAUGGAUUAAUCAAAGUUGGAAAGGGGCAUAUAUACAAUACAAAUACGUUCCUUUCUUGGCAAGAUCCAACCCCAUAUGAUGUGAAGGCGAUCAACUUUAUGACUGGAUGGGGUGCAUCCGGUACAUGGAAUCUUAUUGACAUUACUACCACCAGUCGUGCUAUUUUUGGAAAGAGAAAACGCAGUAUACAAUCAACAUACAAACGAAGAUAUCUUAAAGAUCCUCUGCAGAGGUUCCAACUCGGUCGCAAAGCUUCUAAAAGUUUUCUUCGUUCCCAUACAAAUCGAGUCAUUGGAGGGAUAUUAACUAACAGAAGGAAAAGAGGAUGGAGUCCCGGUGAGACAGCUGAAGAAAUUGAAGAAGGAAAGGAAGAUAUUAGUUGGGAAAGAGGGAGAGAAGCAGGAGUUGAAAAAGGACGAGAGGCUACAGAAGGUACUAACGAGGCUACUGUGGAAAGGGGGAGAGAGGCUGCGGAGAAUACUCGGGAAAACGUUGAGAGUGGAAGAGAAGUUGCUGCGGAAAAGGCAAGAGAAGCUACAGAGAGAGCGAAAGAGGUUGCUGCAGAAAGGGUUAGAGAAGCUGCCGUGAUUGAAAGGGCAAGAGAGGUUUUGGUUGAAAGAGCAAAAGAAGCAGCGGAGGGAGUCAGAGAAGUGGCCCUUGAGAAGGCAAGGGAAGUUCAAUGCACAGCGAAAGAAGUUGCAAGAGAGGCUUGCCUGGUACCAUUGCAGGCACUGAAGUCCACAUUAAAUGGUUUGAAAUCGAGUCUUUCUGGUCUACAAGCUGCUGCCGAUGCCGCACUCAAGGUCGCCGAGGACAAUAACGUAUUAGUAGAUGCUGCUAAAGUAGUAUUAACAGGUCUCGAACAAGCAUUGGAAGGACUCAAAGUCACAAUGGAAGGAGCUAAGGCAGCGAUGGAUGCUGCUGCCUUGGUAGUUGAGAACUCACAAACCGCGGUGUCUGGAGCCCAAACAGCUUUGGAUGGUGUCAAUGAGGCGCAUAGAACUGGCUUGAAGACUGCCUCCUUUCUCACCCGAUUCACACUCGGUGAUAUCAUAAACAUCAAAGAAUUAAAAUUUGAUGUUUUGCUUGCGGUAGCAGACACUGGAGAAUUUGGUGGAACCAUAGUUGUGUCAUUCCUUGGUGGUUCGGACGAAACAUUCUCGAUCCAAAUAACAGUGUAUUCUGUGGAGGACAUGGUGAAGAUACUCCUCGACCAAGUGAAAGAUCGUCUUAACCUGUUACCAUAA